AUGGCUCUUGCAAGCACCUCUACCUGGGACCCGUUUUUUGACUGGAAUGUGAACGCCUUUCCUACCGACCUCGGCGUCACUGGUGGCUGGCCUGGUGGUGGCGAUGUGUCCCACCGAAUUCCCAGACAUGUUGCUUCAAGAGUAUUGUAUACAAAUGACGGUGACGUUAUUUGGCGUCCAGCUGCUGAUGUUUUUGAGACCGACGACGCAAUCGUCGUUCACGUCGAUUUGCCUGGGGUUCCCAAGGAUGAAAUCAACAUUGAAGUUAGCGGUAACCAGCUGAUCAUUCAUGGCGAACACAAGGGUGUUAAGGGCUUUGAAAGCGCAACGUCCCGUGUCCGCGAGCGCAACAUUGGCCGCUUUCGUAAGAUCAUCAACUUGCCCGCUGGCGUGGACACUGACAAAAUCCAAGCCAAGUAUGAAAAUGGUUUAUUAGAGGUCAAAAUCCCCAAAUCACAGGAAAUGAAGGGUAAACAGAUUGCAAUCCAGUAG